AUGCACCCAUUAUCUACGCAUAUCAUUUUGAACGCUGCGCCCUUGCGUUCUGCUCUCCUAGAGUGGUACGCAGGCGUACAUGAAGCUCGAGGGAUGCCAUGGCGGAAACCGUAUGACCCCACUUUGAGGCCCGAUAAUCGCGCUCAGCGUGCAUAUGAGGUCUGGAUUUCGGAGAUCAUGCUUCAGCAGACCCAAGUCGCCACGGUUAUCCCGUACUACAAUAGGUGGAUGGAACGAUUUCCUACCAUCCGUGAUUUGGCCGCCGCAGACAUUGACACGGUAAACGCGCUCUGGAAGGGUCUCGGAUACUAUUCGCGUGCAGCAAGGCUGCUGCAGGGCGCAAAGAAGGCGAUGGACGAGCUCGGGGGCCGGCUACCGGACAAUGCGAAAGACAUGGAAGCACAGAUUCCGGGCAUCGGCAGAUACAGCGCCGGCGCCAUCUGCUCAAUAGCCUACAACGAACGCGUGCCCGUUCUCGAUGGGAACGUGCACAGGCUGAUGAGCCGCCUGCUGGCACUCUACGCGCCUCCCAAAGCCAAACAGAGCUUGAACGUACUUUGGGCCGGCUCGGCCGCGAUGGUUGAAGGCUCGGAGCGGCCGGGAGACGUCAACCAGGCGCUCAUAGAGCUAGGUGCCACCGUUUGCAAGGUGCGCGACCCAUCGUGUGAUUCCUGUCCACUCCAGGCAUGGUGCAGGGCGUAUCGGCAUGAACAUUCCUCGAGCAAAGUCCCGGCUGCUGCCCGAGACUUCGAGGCGAGCAGCGUUCUCCCUGACAUCGAGGAGCUCUGCAAAACGUGCGAAGCGCUGCCGCUCGGCAGCCCGGUCACGUCGUUUCCCAUGAAAGCGGAACGCAAAAAGGCUAGAGUAGAGGUGGACAUCGUGAACGUCGUCGAAUGGCGUCAUCCGACCACACAGACGCGGUGGUUCCUAUUGGUUCGCCGGCCAGAAGGAGGCCUCUUGGCGGGCCUCCACGAGUUCCCCACAGAACCCGAUGUGUUGCCCGACCUGCCCGCCGCUGCGAUGCAUGCGCUCCCGGAGAGGCAUCUUGCGAAUAUUUUAGCCGUCCCCCCGCGGUCGUACGCUCGGACCGCGCCCGCGCCGCACGGUCGCGUCGCGGCCGAGGUGCCAGCGUGCCCCGCAGAACCCGUGCUCACAAUAGCCCAGAUCAAGCCGGCGGGAGAGGUUCUCCACAUCUUCUCGCACAUCCGAAAGACGUACAGGGUUCAGUGGGUGCUACUCGACGGCGGUGGACUGCACCCGCCCGCGCUCGCCCCCGCGUCUCCAGCCACCGGCGGAGGAGCCGCACGCAUGAAGAAGGGUAAACAACGGGCGUCCGCGUUCAACAAGGGUUUCUGUGUUUCCGCAGACGCCGCGUCGCCGCCCAGCGCGCUGUGGACGCCCCUCGAGGACGUCCCGGAUGCCAACAUCGGGACAGGCGUGCUCAAGGUCUGGCGCAAAGUCUCUUCUCUGUGGGCCUAG